CUUCCGGGGCGUGUACGGAAAAAUCCCGCGAGCUCAAGCUCCGAAACAUGUCAAGCUGUCCACAUGAUCGCCAUUAUUACGCGUUUAUUGAUCAAGCUAUCCCAUAACUAUUAAAAUAUCACAGCUUUCAGGGUAUAAUGAGACAUGAAUAUGGAUUUUUUAAAAAGACCCUCUAUCCCUGAAGACGCAGUCCAGUAUCAGCUUUUUCUGGUUCAUCCUGACCCAUCAGACGCAGAAGCUCAUGAGAGAUUCCUCCAGCAGAUCCUGCAAAACAUCCUCGCUGAGAUCGCCCCUCUUCUGGUGCAGUACAUCUGGCAACAUCAAGCCUUCAAUCUAAGAUACCACCCUGAGAAAGAUGUGCCUGCGCACCUGGGCGGUGUUACUCAGUUCGGUGAUAAUGUGGAGGACGAAUGGUUCAUCGUUUACCUGCUCAAACACAUCACACAAACUUUUAGUGAUGUAGCUGCUGUUGUCUAUGAUAAUGAUGGACAGUUUCUUCUGAUUGAAGCAGCUGAACACCUGCCAAAGUGGCUGGACCCAGACAGCAGUGAAAACAGGGUGUUUCUGUUCCGGGGAGAGCUGCAUAUAUUACCCAACCGCACACAUUCUGGAGAGGUUGGCUGGGCCAGAAACUCAGUGCCUGCUGUGGGUCAGGCUCUAGAGGUGCUGCAUUCACACACUGAGAGCUGUUUAGCCAAACAGCCCAUACGCUCAGCUCUAGCCAGGAGGCUGGAUGGGUAUCCAGAUAAAAUCCAGCAGAAUUUCCACCGUGUUCACUGUUAUGUGCCUGCGGGCAUUGCUGUGGUGUUGUCUAGGAGGCCUGACCUAAUAGCCCCUGCCGUGUCUGCUUUCUAUCUGCGUGACCCUGUUGACCUCCAGGCCUGUCGAACUUUCCGCACGUUUCCUCCUGACACUAGAGUUAUGACAUCAAUAAAGUUUACACGCUGCUUGUAUGCACAGCUGCAACAACAGAGUUUUGUUCCAGAUCGGCGGAGUGGCUUCAAGCUUCCCUUCCGCUCUCAUCCCCAGUACAGAGCUCAUGAGCUGGGAAUGAAACUGGCCCAUGGCUUUGAAAUCCUGUGCUCCAAGAGUGGACCAUCCUCAUCAGAGAAAGAGGCUUCAGUCAGCAGUAACCCACUAUGGAGAGGCUUUUUAGAUAGUCUCAAAAAUAAUGGAUAUUUUAAGGGUGAACUAGAAGGAUCCGUUCGAUACAAAGAUCUAAUGACAUCAGCAGAGAGUUUCUUCAGACAGUCUGUAACCAGCACUCACCGCCCUGACAUUCAGAAUCCUGGUCAAGAGGUGAUGAAUGUCUUGGAGGAUGCCUCCUACAGUUUGGAAGAGCUAAAAAAUCAAGAGGCACAUCUACCACCAGAGGACAGCGAUGCGUGGUUAGACAUCUCACCUCAGGAGCUGGAGAGGCUGCUUGAGGAGAGAGGAGGUCGAGGGGUGAGCGAUGGCACUCGCAAGACGCCACAACCUGAUGAGGAGCUGCAGGAGGAAGAGGCUGGCUACAGUCUCAUAGCUGUAACGAAAGGCAUGAAGAACUUCAUCAAUGCCAUGUCCUCUCAUGAAGGAGCUGAAAUACCCAGAUCUUGUCUGGCUGAGCCCUUUAGUUAUGAUCCAGAUGCAGUAACCAGUGCACUUGAUAGACUGCUAGGAAGUAAGGAUGAUGAGUUAGACUCUGACGACUUUGAGGAUGAUGAUGAUGAAGGCAAUGAUGUCAACGAUGAUGAAGAAGUGCAGAAUGGCGAGUCUCAGGAGCAGGCAGGUGCCGAGGCGCUGGACAAUCUGAGGAAAUACAUGGAUGAAAUGGACCAGGAACUGCAAAGCACAAAUAUUGGCAAAAGCUUUACACAGAAUAACAGAGCCAGUGAUAAAGCAGAUGAAUCUAAAAGCUCAUCAUCCACCUCAAGGUCAGAGCUUGUUGAGGAAGAAAUCCAACCGCUUGAUGUGGAUCUCAACCUGGUUUCAAAUUUACUGGAGUCUCUCGCUUCUCAGGCCGGCCUUGCUGGGCCUGCUUCUAACCUACUGCAGAGUCUAGGCAUCCACAUCCCACCUGACGCAGAUCAGUCCUGAUACGUCAAACUAAAGUGGGAAAAAUCAACUCACAGAGACUUAUCACGCACUCAGUGUUCCUUCACCUAGUGCACAUCAACUGUUCCUCUAUCAGGUGGCUACAUUUAUGGUGUUCUGCUCCACACCCAGUACUGAACUGUGAAUUAUUACAUCCUAAAAUUGGCGUUUCUUUCAACACAGAGCACUUCCCUAAAAACUAACUGGGAAUUUAUUCUCUGAUAAGAUGUUGUUUAUCAUGUUGUUCUCCAUUAAAUAUUAUUUUAUCUUUUUGAAUAAAGAUAAUAUUUUCUGAGAUGUUUCAUAAAUUACGAUUACGUAAUUUGAGAUUAAUCAAACCGAUAAGUAUGCAUCUAUCAUAGAAAAGGAAUGGCGAUAUUUCACAGUGCUUAUCUACGCUGACAUUACUGAUAAACUAAACAAAUUGCAUGCUCGUGUAACAUUAACCAAGUCUUUACAGAUAAAUCAAUCAUGCCUGAUUAGAAGCAAAGCCUCAGAACUUUUUUACCCUCAUGAUUCUUGCUUGGGCAGACUGGCCUACGCUGGUAACAAUAUAAAUGCGUAGUAGGUGUGAUCUGUAUCUGUGCGUUAUGUACCGCUUACAUCAUAAAGAAAAGGUGCUGGAAAUGUUCUAAUUCUAUUUAUACCAAAAUAUGAGAAGAAAACAGAAACACUAGUUUAGGUAGGACCUCAUCAAUAUGUUUUAUUUGCUCCAAACAUUAACAAUAAUACUGUAGUUUGUACUGUAUAUUAGGAGCUAAAUAAAUACAUGAGUCACAGGUAUUCUAUUUAAAUAAUAUAUUACUACUGUAAUAGUCUUAAGUCAUUGUAUUGCAGUUUAUAUCCCUUUAUAGCUUAUAGUUUAUAUUUCUAGAAACCAUGCAGUGAAGGGCUCCUCUGGUCUAAGUUUGUAAGGUUAUUGUAAGAGGAAUGGCAUACUUAGGUGACUCUCACAAAGCUUGUCAAGAACAUGCUUAGAUCAUAUUUCACCCUCAAAAUAUAAAAAAAUUUAAAUAUAUAUAUUUUGCAU